AUGAGAGUUGAAGUGCAUUCAGCUGCCCAAUUCCUCAUGAAUCUGCUCCGGGUGAAGCAGAGUAAUCCACUGCCGGAGAAUCAGCUGGAGAACUUCAAGGGAUCCCUUGAGGAUUUACUGUUGAUUCGCUACCGGAGUCAUUGGUAUCCGGAAGUACCGACAAAGGGUAGUGGUUUUAGGUGUAUCAGGAUCAAUGGGAAGAUGGAUCCGAUAAUUGAGCAGGCAGCUGUAUCUGUGGGACUUCAUCCGCGAACCCUCAAAACAAUGCUGCCGCAGGAACUGACAAUGUGGAUUGAUCCGGAUGGUGUUAGCUAUCGAAUUGGUGAAAAUGGAUCCAUAUGUGUCCUCUAUGAGGCAGUUUCAGAGGCCAGAUCGAGUCCAUCGUCGGAUCUGUCGAUGUCAAGUGAUGAAUUUAGCCUCGAGAGACGACCAGAGUGGGCACAUAUGACACUCAUUGGGUAUCUCGAUGAGCCCUACCCGCGUUCACCGCGCAGCAACAACAACAGCUUUAGCUCCUCAGGCACUGGGUCCAAUAGCCCCCCACUGAGUCCAAUCCUGGCACCGCCAACCGUCAGAUACUCGCACAAUCAGCGUCAUCAGCAUCAUCAGCAGAUGCAGCGAACCACAACCAAUCGCUCCAUGUACCUCAAUCAUUGGGAUGGAGGAAUCAAUAACUACAAUGUAAGUCGAUGUACAAAGUAA